AUGGAUGUCUUUAAGAAAGGUUUCUCCAUUGCUAAAGAAGGUGUGGUGGCUGCUGCAGAAAAGACCAAGCAGGGAGUGACAGAGGCUGCAGAGAAGACUAAAGAAGGGGUGAUGUAUGUAGGUACCAAGACCAAGGAAGGUGUAGUGCAAAGUGUGACCUCAGUUGCUGAGAAGACCAAAGAGCAGGCCAAUGUGGUGGGAGAAGCUGUAGUGGCCAGUGUGAACACAGUGGCAAACAAGACUGUAGAAGGAGCAGAGAACAUUGCGGCCACUACAGGAAUUGUAAAAAAGGAGGACCUGGCACCAGCACAGCCGCCCGAGCAGCCAGGGGUGGAGGGAGACGGGGACCUGGCAGUGAGCACCGGUGGCAGCGAAGAGGCAGAGUACCCACAAAUCCUCAAGAAGCCAGUAUAA